GCCUCAGCACCCAUUGGAGCCCCUGGACCAGAGCCGGCACCGGAGGCACUGGAUGGGGACAGCGCAGGAGCCCCCCGGGGACAGCGGGGACAGGCCGGCGUCGCCGCCCCCCGGGUGCCGCCGGGGGGGGUUCACGCGCCAGGAGCAGGAGCGGCGCCAUCAGCUCAAGCUCAUGGAGGAGCUCGAGAAGGUUCUGAGGCCCCCCCGGGCCCCCCCCCGCCCCCCACCGAGGGGGACCCCCAGAGCCCCCCCCCAAGGCCGAGGGCCCGGAGCCCGCAGCCGGGAUGACUCUGCCCUGGGCAGCGGCCCCAAGGGACUGCUCG